AUGUCGUUCCGUGUUGCUGCUCGUCGGGUCCCCACCCUCGCCCUUGCGCGACCCACAGUCGCUCCCCGCACCGCCGCUUCGGUCGUUGCUAUCCGCCUCUACAGCGACAAGCCUUCCCCUGAGGCUCGUGCCAGCUCCAUCCUUGACGCUUUGCCCGGCAACUCGCUCGUUAGCAAGACCGGCUGGGUCACCCUCGGAACUGGUCUCACCGCCGUCGCCAUCAGCAAGGAGAUUUACGUUGCCAACGAGGAGACUGUUAUCCUUGUCGGUUCGCUCAUCUUUGCCGUUCUCGUCGGACGUGCCAUCACCGGUCCUUACAAGGAGUGGGCUGACUCCCAGAUUGAGAAAAUCUCCAAGAUCCUCAACGGCGCCCGUACCAAGCACACCGAGGCUGUUCAGGCCCGCAUUGACUCCGUAGAGUCGCAGAAGGACGUUGUCGGCCUCACCCAGGCCCUUUACUCUGUCGCCAAGGAGACUGCACAGACCGAGAAGGAGGUCUUUGAGCUCCGACAAAAGACCACCCUCGCUGCUGAGGUCAAGUCCGUCCUCGACUCUUGGGUUCGUUUCGAGGCCAGCGAGCGUGAACAGGAGCAGCGCGAGCUUGCCGCCACUGUUAUCAAGAAGGUUCAGGACUCGCUUCGGGACGACAAGUUGCAGAAGCAGAUCCUUGACAACGCCGUUGCCGAGAUCGAGAACCUUGUCAAGUCCAAGACCAUCUGA